AUAUGCACUGUACACCAAUGCAACUUGGCUGGCAUUGUUUUACGAAACGGCCUGAGGUGUGUGUUUCAAAAAAACUCGCCUAGUUUUUGACAGAGCGAACCAUCACACAAACGUAGUCUAUUGUUAUUUAUGACAUUAACUACUCGUCAUUCAUUAAAUCGUUCAAAUUAUUACACUCUUUAACACCCGUCAUUAUCUUCAUUAUCUUCCUGAGUGCCAAUUGCCUCAAAAAGCCAAAGUGUCCUUCCUUCUUUUGCAAGAUCUCUAUAAGUUACCUAUCCAUGGAGACUAAGGGGCUGUGAGUUGAUUUCAAGUAAGGGCAGAAGAGCCCCUGGGGACAUUGUCUUACAAGACGAAAACGAUCGCAGUUGUUCUGGCAUCUGA